GAAACUGCAGUUGAAUCGGUUUAGUCCAGUUUUUUCGCGCUUCGAUUGUCGCCAUCUUUUUUCCUUUCACUUGCGUGUUUCGGAUCGGAAAGGAAGUAAAGGAGAAAAAUCCUUGGAAAAAUCUCAGUUUAAUCCCAGUUUAAUUAACGAUUGCCGUGUGUCUGUCCAAUCCGACGAUCUUGCGAACCCGGGUAUGACCAUUGAAAAUUGAACAUUAGUGUAUACUGCUGAAAACAAUAAUCAUCCUCUUCGUCGAUCUCUUAGGUCCAAUACAGACAAUGUCAAGGAGUACAGAGCAUCGCAGAGCUGGAAGGGAGUUUUUACGCCUUACCAAUUCAAUGGACAUUAUGGGCCCAGCUCUGAAUCAAUCAAUAAACAGUUUUGGAAUAACAAAUGCUGCCAAUGUCAAUCUAGAGGCACAUGACCUACCAUCAUCUAAUAUUGAUCCACAAGAGGGACACUCAUCUGAAUCAGUUAGGCGGCAAAUUGUUAACAAUGCUGACGAUAGCAUAGAAGAACUCAGCCAACUAGAUGAUAGUUUACCUGCUGAAGAAUAUUUGUCUGUUGAUCAUACAGCUAUAGAAAACAUGUUUCGAGAAGAUGAAAAUGAACAACAUGAGACUGAUAGUGACAUAGAUACGAAUUCUGAAGUUAUCGAAAUUUCGGAUAUUGCGACCAAAUACAUAUCAUGGGUCUCGAAGUAUAACAUAUCGGGAGUCGCAGCUGACGAGUUUUUGAACUAUUUACGGCAGAACCAUUUUCCUUUUUUACCUAAAACCAUUAAAACAUUAAGAAGUAAGGCUUACACCUUUGAAGCACCGAUUCGUACCAUGGGUGAUGGAAAAUUCUUCUAUUUUGGCAUAAAACCAAUGCUUAAUAUGCUUUUCGACAUCGCCAAAAUUAAUGUUCAGAUGAGUCAACAUUUCCGGAUCGGAUUCGGAAUCGACGGUGUGCCCAUAUCAAAGAGCUCAAAAAGCGGGUUUUGGCCGAUACUAGCACGAGUUGACGGAUAUCCAACGAUUUUGCCUAUAGCUGUUUUUCAUGGUCGGGGUAAACCACACAGUGUUGAUGAUUUUUUAGAAGAGUUUUCUACGGAGCUAAAAGAUAUCCUUGAAAAUGGGAUUAUACGGUGCGAUGUUAAGCUAACAUUUUCAAUCGGGCCGCUCGUAUUCGAUGCACAAGCAAAAUGUUUUAUUCAUGACAUUAUUGCACCGACAGGCUUUUUUGCUUGCCCAAAAUGUGUAUCAAAAGGUCGAAAGAUUAACCAUAGAAUGGUGUUCCCCAACCUCAUCGCAGAGCUCAGAACGGAUACCUCUUUCUUGGAUGUGAAUGAUCCAAUUCAUCGGGAGCCAAGAUUACCACCUCUUGCCAGAAUCGGUAUCAACUGUAUCACAGAAACAGCCAUUGAUUAUAUGCACAAUAGUUGCCAAGGAGUAAUGAAAGCCUUACUGAAUUUUUGGAUUAAUACCACAGGUCAACCUUAUAGUUUAAAUAGAGACCAAAAGAAUGAAAUUAACAAUCGAAUACUCAUAAUUCGGAAGCAAAUGGUGUCUGAUUUUAUCAGAAAACCAAGACCUUUAGAAGAACUAGCCCAUUUCAAAGCUACAGAAUUUCGCCAGAUUCUCAUCUACACCGGACCUAUGCUUUUCAAGAAAGUUUUAAAAUAUCAGUAUUAUGAACACUUUAUGCUGCUCAAUGCUGCACAUCGUAUUCUGUGCCACCCGAAAGACUGUUUGAAUCAAAAUCAAAAAGCUGAGGACUACCUGCUACGAUUUGCAAACGACUUCAAACACCUUUAUGGUGAACAAUAUUUAGUUUACAAUUUUCACGUAAUAACACAUAUUGCAAAAGAAUGUCUUCAUUUCCGUAAACCCUUGGAUGAGUUCUCGGCAUUUGGCUACGAAAAUUAUCUUCAAAAAUUGGUUAAAAUGACGAAACGUGCUCCAAACCCGUUGGAACAAGUGCGAAACAGGCUUCAAGAACAGAUACGUUUUAGACCUGAGCAAUUCACGGAAGUCUACAAAAGAAACAACAAAACUGUGCGUAUUCCAGGAACAGAACUGUAUGACGAGAUUUAUACAGAGAAUCACAUUCACUUCACAACGGAAGGAAAUAACAGCUAUGCGUACAAGGAUAGUCAUGUAUUUCAAAUACAACAAGCUUGUAAAUCACAUGGUCAUUUUAUGCUUAUAUGCAAGGAAAUUAAAGGAUUGAGGCCGUUCCACGUUUACCAAGAUUCCAAUGAUUUUGGACUGUUAUAUUGUACUAGACUUGAAUAUGCAAACAAUGUUAUACAACUGAUUGCUUCCGAGUGCAGUAAAGUCCUGCGACUAGUAAUAAACGAUGUGUUCUUUUUCGCGAUAGUUUUACACAGUGAAUAAUGGCAGAGCACGUAGCAGAAUAUAUUGACGACGACUAUACAAUGGAAAACAAUUCUAAAAGCUGCUUGAAAAGAACAAAAAAAAUGAAAAGAAUUAAAACAGAAACUCCGUAUACUGACAAUUUGUACAAAUUGACAUCUAAUGAUUUCGAAGAUGCCACCAAUAAUGCUAACGAAAUGUUAAUGAUUGAAAUGGUUGAAGAAUCAACUUCGUACCAACAUAUCGCGUACACCGAUGUCGAGGAGUUAGUAGAUGAACCAGUGGACGAACUAGUCGACGAACCAGUCGACGAACCAGUCGACAAACCAACAAAUACUCUAAUAGAUGACAUUGAUGCCGGUUCACAGCUGAUUGGUGAUGCAACAGUUUUGGUAGAAGCUCUUCGUAUGGAAGCUUUAUUCCGACACCAACGUAAGCUAAACAAUCACCUGGAAACCAUAGAUAAAAGGCUGAAUAAAAUUGAAACACAUCUUGCCGCAAUGCGGUCAAGUGAGUAUGGAAGUAAAGCCAAAGCAAAGUUGGCGUGGCCGAUUGGCUCUAUGGACAGACUUAAAAACCUAGAAGAAAGGUUGCGCACUGGAGAAGCUGGCAUAGAAAACAGCCUUAAAAUGUUGUUCGCUAGAGCGAGGCAAACGUCGUUGGAGAUUUUCGUAACUGACAACUUAAAACAAAUGCUGGGUAGUAGUGGCCGAUGGACCUGGACUGGACUACCACCGAAUAGUCUCAAAACCGGCGCACAGCAGCACUCAUCUAAUAAGGCGAGCGAGUUGCUAUGUGUGCAGGUUUUAAUAGAUUAUUGUGAGGAACUAUUUAACGAUAGUAGUUCGAAAAUUAUCGGAGAAAUAAAACACGCCUUUAAAAAAAUUAAUGAGGCCCGAAAGAAAAAAGAACAGAGGAACAAAGAUUCCCUUCGACGCUCUGAAAAUUAAAUUCAACUUUUAAUUCUCCUUGUCUUUAUGUUGAAUUAAGAUUUUUUUUAUUCAUUCGGAUUUAUAGAGGAUCAGAAAUAACCAUUACCAUUUUUAAAUCUAAAUCAUUUUUUGGAAGUUCAAAAUUAACUCCCGCCGAAGGAAGGAUCAACCGUUCCCCACCGACGCAAACCAUCUUCUUCCGGUAAUUCCGGACGAAUUUAAAGAUUACCCAUACUAUCUAAAACAACGUAUAGACAUUAUCCGUCACAGUUCUUUUUCGGUUCGAUCGCCGGUUAUCAGCUAUGUUCGUUUUACACUACAAUCUCAAUUUCGGUGCUGAAUUGGACAGUUACUCGAUCCCAAGGGUGCAUCUUAUAAAAUCAACCUUUGUCAACGUCUUCAUAUUUGCAAAAUAAUGUCCACACGUCGUCGGAAGCCGGAGGCGACAUUCGUACUAAUUCAUCGUAACAGUCGUCACUCGCAUCGCACCAGCAGUAAUUAGGAGUAGUGCCACACGAGUUGUUGCAGCAAUGAAUAAGCAGCAAAAUCAGAGUCACCCGUUUAGUCAAUUGGCUUUGGCUUCCAAAAAAGAUCGGAAUUUUACAAGUCACUCUUUGCGGCUGAGGAAUGCCAACUGGCAUUGGAAUGGCAAUAUUUAUGUUCUGGCAAGCAAAAGAUGACCAACACGGCGAUCGUAUUCAAAAACGAGAGACCCGGAAAGGUGGAGCAAAUCAACGCAUUGGAUAUCGACUUGAACUACAGAAAUUUGUGGAAGCUACGGAUUGAGAGUGUUUAUGAAGAAUGAGUUGCUGCACAGGUUUAUUGGGUUCACGGGAGACGAACAGAUAAUUGCGGACUUUGUUAAGAAUGUCAGAAUUUCCGAUUGAAAAUGCUGGAGAAGGAACUGCCAACGCGAGGCUGGAAUUGGGGAACGAUUCACUUCAAGGGCAGUGUGCUGUCAUUCGAUGUGGAAAGCAGAACCAACAUUGAGAUUCCGCUGAGCCACGUUUCCAAGUGCAACAAUGGCAAGAACGAAGUGACCGUGGAGUUCCAUCGGAACGAUGAUGCACCGGUCAGCCUAAUGCGAGAUGCGCUUCCACAUUCCUAUGACGGAGUCGGCUGAAACGGAUCCGGUCGAGGUAUCCCCGGACCAGGUCAUGAAGCAAGCUUCGGUCAUUUCCGCCACUUGCGAUGCCAUUGCUACCUUCCGGGAGAUUCAUUGUCUUACGCCGGGUGGUCGCUACGAUAUUAGGGUGUUCCAGUUUCUUCCAGCUGCACGGUAAAACGAUUUUAAAAUUCCCACGUCACCGGUGUUGCGGUUGUUCCUGCUUCCGCACAAGGACAAUCGACAGAUGUUCUUUGUCAUUUCGUUGGACCCACCGAUCAAGCAAGGUCAAACUCAGUACCACUUUCUGGUUACGCGGUUCCAGAUGGAAGAGGAAACAGGUAUUGAGUUACCGUUCACGGAGGAUGAGAUGAAAGAAAAGUAUGAGGACACACUGACACACUUGGCCGGUGUACGAAGUGCUGGUGACGGUGAAGGUGAUCAACAACAGGAAGAUGACGGGUUCGGGAACAUUCAUUGUGUCCCGGCAAGCAGAAGAUGACCGACGCGGCCAUUGUAUUCAAGAACGAGAAACCCGGAAAGGUGGAGCAGAUCAACGCAUCGGAUAUCGACCUGAACUACAGAAAUUUGUUGGAAGCUACGGAUUGAGAGUGUUUAUGAAGAAUGAGUUGCUGUACAGGUUUAUUAUGUUCACGGGAGACGAACAGAUAAUUGCGGACUUUGUUAAGAAUAUCCGAAUUUCCGAUUGGACAUGCUGGAGAAGGAACUGCCAACGUGAGGCUGGAAUUGGGGAACGAUUCACUUCAAGGGCAGUGUGCUGUCAUUCGAUGUGGAAAGUAGAACCAACAUUGAGAUUCCGCUGAGUCACGUUUCCCAGUGCAACAGUGGCAAGUACGAGGUGACCGUGGAGUUCUAUCAGAACGAUGAUGCACCGGUCAGUCUAAUGGAGAUGCGCUUCCACAUUCCUAUGACGGAGUCGGCUGAAACGGAUCCGGUCGAGGUAUCCCCGGACCAGGUUAUGAAGCAAGCUUCGGUCAUUUCCGCCACUUGUGAUACCAUUGCUAUCUUCCGGGAGAUUCAUUGUCUUACGCCGCGUGGUCGCCAUGACAUUAAGGUGUUCCAGUUUCCGGUAAGCUGCACGGUAAAACACACGAUUUUAAAAUUCCCACGUCAUCGGUGUUCCGGUUGUUCCUGCUUCCGCACAAAGACAAUCGACUGAUGUUCUUUGUCAUUUCAUUGGACCCACUGAUCAAGCAAGGUCAAACUCAGUACCACUUUCUGGUUACGCUGUUACAUAUGGAAGAGGAAACAGGUAUUGAGUUACCGUUCACGGAGGAUGAGAUGAAAGAAAAGUAUGAGGACACACUGACAAACUUGUCCGGGCCGGUGUACGAAGUGAUGGUGAAGGUGAAGGUGAUCAACAACAGGAAGAUGACGGGUUCGGGAACAUUCAUUGUGUCCCGGCAAGCAGAAGAUGACCGACGCGGCCAUUGUAUUCAAGAACGAGAAACCCGGAAAGGUGGAGCAGAUCAACGCAUCGGAUAUCGACCUGAACUACAGAAAUUUGUUGGAAACUACGGAUUGAGAGUGUUUAUGAAGAAUGAGUUGCUGUACAGGUUUAUUGGGUUCACGGGAGACGAACAGAUAAUUGCGGACUUUGUUAAGAAUAUCCGAAUUUCCGAUUGGACAUGCUGGAGAAGGAACUGCCAACGUGAGGCUGGAAUUGGGGAACGAUUCACUUCAAGGGCAGUGUGCUGUCAUUCGAUGUGGAAAGUAGAACCAACAUUGAGAUUCCGCUGAGUCACGUUUCCCAGUGCAACAGUGGCAAGUACGAGGUGACCGUGGAGUUCUAUCAGAACGAUGAUGCACCGGUCAGUCUAAUGGAGAUGCGCUUCCACAUUCCUAUGACGGAGUCGGCUGAAACGGAUCCGGUCGAGGUAUCCCCGGACCAGGUUAUGAAGCAAGCUUCGAUCAUUUCCGCCACUUGUGAUACCAUUGCUAUCUUCCGGGAGAUUCAUUGUCUUACGCCGCGUGGUCGCCAUGACAUUAAGGUGUUCCAGUUUCCGAGGAAGCAGGUAUUGAGUUACCGUUCACGGAGGAUGAGAUGAAAGAAAAGUAUGAGGACACACUGACACACUUGUCCGGGCCGGUGUACGAAGUGCUGGUGAAGGUGAAGGUGAUCAACAACAGGAAGAUGACGGGUUCGGGAACAUUCAUUGUGUCCCGGCAAGCAGAAGAUGACCGACACGGCCAUCGUAUUCAAGAACGAGAAACCCGGAAAGGUGGAGCACAUCAACGCAUUAGAUAUCGACCUGAACUACUGAAAUUUGUGGGAAGCUACGGAUCGAGAGUGUUUAUGAAGAAUGAAUUUCCGAUUGGACAUGCUGGAGAAGGAACUGCCAACGCAAGGCUGGAAUUGGGGAACGAUUCACUUCAAGGGCAGUGUGCUGUCAUUCGAUGUGGAAAGCAGAACCAACAUUGAGAUUCCGCUGAGCCACGUUUCCCAGUGCAACAGUGGCAAGAACGAGGUGACCGUGGAGUUCCAUCGGAACGAUGAUGCACCGGUCAGCCUAAUGGAGAUGCGCUUCCACAUUCCUAUGACGGAGUCGGCUGAAACGAAUCCGGUCGAGAUAUCCCCGGACCAGGUCAUGAAGCAAGCUUCGGUCAUUUCCGCCACUUGCGAUGCCAUUGCUAUCUUCCGGGAGAUUCAUUGUCUUACGCCGGGUGGUCGCUACGACAUUAGGGUGUUCCAGUUUCUUCCAGCUGCACGGUAAAACACACGAUUUCAAAAUUCCCACGUCACCGGUGUUGCGGUUCUUCCUGCUUCCGCACAAGGAUAAUCGACAGAUGUUCUUUGUCAUUUCGUUGAACCCACCGAUCAAGCAAGUUCAAACUCGGUACCACUUUCUGGUUACGCUGUUCCAGACAAUCAGUCCACCUUCCAUGGAACCGGAGUACCGGAACUGGAUAACCAAUUUGAUUGGACAUGAUGCAGCGAUUCCCAGAUGCGAGCGCUCACAAUUCUCGAUAUAUAUGUAUAUUAUUAUUUCUAAAAUAAAUGUAAAGAGAAAAAAUGAAAUUUUUCAAUUAAAUUUUUUGUAUGUAUGCAUUUUAAAUAUGUUUUUUUUUACAAAUUCGAAAUGUAAUAUAAACAUUUAUAAAAAAAUAAAAAGAAGAAUCGAGGGAUCCGUAUCUCCAUAAUGUCUAGUGAAAAUCUAAGAGAACUGUGGUACCCAUGUCUUUUAGAUUUCUCUGCGUUAUCUAAGAGAACUGAUAUGUCAAAUCCCUUUCGGUUCAAACGGUUUACUCGUCUAAAAUUUGAAGUAGACACCGGUUUAAACGGUUGUUGCAUUUGAGGCGGAUUUGAGGUGUGACA